UAAAAACUAUAUUUAUACGUGCACACACAAUUACAUAUGUACAUAUAUUGGCAAUCGAUGUAAUGGCCGAUCUGCAAUCGCGCCCAUAUUAUUACAGGCUUGAGCGCCAAAGGUUUGCUUGCGUUACAUAUUCGAUAACAGCAUGCUUUCUACUGCUCGCUCUGUUGCAAUGGUAUAUGUUUUAUUUAAUAGAGAACACGAAUAAAUAUUUUACCAAAAAUUAUUGGCUUGGCAUUAUAUUCUUCGUACUCAGCUUGCUGCUCAUACUCUUAUUCAUAUUCUUCGAAGACCUGCGCUUCUUUACGCCCGUUAAUUGGAUAGUUGCCAUACUCAUAUUUGAAUGCAUUGUCGUGGGCGUAACCUCGUUAGUUGUGCGACAUUAUAAGUAUCAUUUGUUAAUGAGUUACCUUGUAUGGGCCAUUGUGCUGGUAGUAUUCAUUUUAUUGGGCUCCUUCAUUCCACACGACUUAACUCUGGAUAUUGUGGUACUUGUUGUUUUUGGAAUUAUUUGCAUAAUUGGAGCCAUGUACUUUUUAAUGCUUCAUGUCGUCGCAAAUGUGCCAUAUUCAUUUUUUGUAUACCGGGCGCUCGUCCUUUGCAGCAUCGUUACAUUUAUAAUGUAUCACGCCCAAAUCAUCAACGGUGGACGCUUUGCUGAAAUUCGUGAUAUGGACUAUCUGUUGGCUGCGCUUAUAUUGUUCUACGAUUUUUUGCUAAUGUAUUUAUUAACUUUUCAAUUAGCUCCAAAGUGGAGUGACGACUGCGAUUCUAACAAGGAUAUAACAGGCAGCCUUGUAUUGGAUAACCAUUUACUGAAUCCACAACUUAAUAUUUCGCGACAUGAGACUCAUCAUUUCACAUGAUCUGGUUUGAGUUUGCGCGCUCUGUUAUGUCGAUUACAUACAGUUGAUGGGCAGCACUUAUUUAGGUGGCAGCCAACUUCACGCGUUUCGAAAUUCUGGCGCGCUGCAGCUGUUUCCAUUUAAUGAUUUGUUGUUGUUGAUAGUACUGCGAAUAAACUUUAUUUGGCACAAAGCUGA